AUGGAUAACAAUUCAUGGCUUUGGAAGAAAAAAUCUGCAGAGAAGAGCUUAGUACGUGACAAGGCAAACAUUUCUUCGAGCAUAAACGAAGAGGAGUUAACUCAGGCACAGGCACAGGCGCAGGCGCAGGCGCUCCUGACUGAGAAAGCUGAUUUGAAAAGAGAUAUUAGAAUAUUAAAUGGCAAGCUUUCUUCUGCCCUUGCUGAGUGUAAUGACAAGGAUGAUUUUUCCAAGAAACAGGUGAAGAUUGCUCGGCAAGCUAUUGCAGGCUGGGAGAAGGCUGAGACAGAAGCAAUAUAUUUGAAACAAGAACUUGACAAUGUUUUACAGCAGAGAAAAGCUGCUGAAGAAAGAUUAGGACACUUGGAUGCCUCACUGAAGGAAUGCAUGCGACACUUGCAAUUUGUUCGAGAAGAGCAGGAGAGAAGAAUUCAUGAUGCUAUGAUGAAGAUGUCAAAAGAAUUUGAGAAUACUAAGAUUAAAUUAGAGGAAAAGUUAGUGGAGGCCGGUAAAAGGCUUGCCAAAUUGGAUGUUGAGAAUGCACAACUUAGAAAAGCUCUCUUUGGAAAGGACAAUUUGAUUGAAGAUUUGAAUAAAUACAGGGCUCAGGUAGAGGCCGAUUUUAAUGCUCUUAUGUCUAGAUUAGAAUCUAUGAAAAAAGAGAAUGCUUCUCUCAAAUAUGAGGUUCGAGUUCUUGAGAAGGAGUUUGAUAUUCGGAGUGAGGAAAGAGAAUUUAAUCGUCAAACUUCUGAUAUUUCACAAAAGCAACACCUGGAAAGCGUGAAGAAAAUUGCAAAAUUGGAAUCAGAAUGUCAAAGUUUACGUCUCCUCGUCAAAAAGCGGUUGCCAGGUCCUGCUGCUUUCGCAAAAAUGAAGGAUGAAGUUGCAAUGCUUGGUAGGGAUCAAGUUGCAAUGCUUGGUAGGGGACGAAAAUUGUAUCCUUCUCUGGUUGGUUCAAUGGACUUUUCUGUGGAAGUGGCUGCUGAUACACAGAGCAAAAGGAUCAGCUUUCUUACUGAGCAGUUGCAUGCAAUGGAAGAAGAAAACAGGACUCUCAAGGAAACCCUUAACAAGAAACCGAAAAAACUUGAAUUUUCUAGAAACAUGCACGCUCGUACCACUUCCAGAUUAUCACAAGCGUCGAUGUCUGAUAUGGGCAGUGAUGACAAGGGCAGCUGCCCCGAGUCUUGGGCUUCUGCAUUGAUUUCAGAGCUGGAGCAUUUAAAAACUGAAAAACAACUGGGCACAUCAUCUCACAAAUUAUUAGGAACUUCGGAAAUGAAACUCAUGGAUGAUUUUGCAGAAAUGGAAAAAUUAGCAGUAGUUUCUGUUGAUUAUCCAGCAGGAAGUUCCUAUCAUUCCUCAGAGGAGGGUAAUGCGAUUAGUCGUCUGUCAGGUUUGGUCUCUAGCCAAGAAUUUCAAUCUGAUAACAGAGUAGUCAAUAAGGAGCCUGGUUGGCUUGGUGACAUGUUGAAACUGCUUUUGGAGCAAAGUUCUGCUACACAAAGAAGCCCUGGUGAAGUAUUAGAGGAUAUCAAAGCUGCUUUGGCACAUAUAAACAAUUCGAACCUUAGAAGUCUUAGUGCCGAGGAAACUACAAACUUGCCUGAUGCAUCACCCUCUCCUGAAGUUGGUGGACAUGUUUAUCAGAAAUUAGCAAAUAUUUCAUCAAGUACUGAUGCAUCUGUGAGAAGAACUUCAUAUAAUAGCUCACCUACAAAAAAGAGUAGCCAGAAGUUUCAGUCAAGUGUGUGUUUAUCGAUAUGCAAAAUGCUUGAGCUCAUUGAGGGAAUAAACAUGCCAUAUCUGGAAAAUAGUGUAGCAGAAUUUUAUUCGGGGAAGGAUGAUAAACUUUUAUCAUGUAAGAAUUCGGAAUUCACUACAGGUUACAUGGUUCGUGUAUUUCAAUGGAAAAUUUCUGAACUGUCUUCCAUUUUACAACAUUUUGCUUGCACUUGCAAGGAUUUGUUGAAUGGAACAGCCGAUCUUGAACAGUUUGCCCAAAAAGUAGCUUCUACUUUGGAAUGGAUCAUGAACCAUUGCUUUUCCCUUCAGGACGUUUCAAGCAUGAAGGAAGCAAUAAGAAAUCAUUUUGAUUUGGAUGAAUCACAAAGUGAGAGUGAAUUGGAUGAUGAGUUGAUUAAUCAAUGUGCACAAUCAAACAAAUUGCAUUUGGAAAGCAAUGAGAUGCUAUGCAGUCCCACAGAAUCAUCUUUGAACUGUCAUAACAGAUCUUGUCAAAUGGAGGAAGUUCAGCAAGAUCGAAGAUUGAAUGUUGAAUUGAAAAAUAAGGACUCUUCAAAUGCGGAUUUGGAAGUGAGGCCUCAACUGGAAUUUGCAAAGAGUGAACCUUUCAUGGUUCAAAUGCAGGAGGCUAAUGGAAUUUUGGGGACUUUGCAAUCAGAGAUGGAAACUAUGAAGUCAAAGGGAAAAAUCAGAGAUCAAAUUGGAAUGCACAAGAUGUUGAAAGAAGAUCACAAGACCCAGCUGAUGGAAGCCAAUCUUGAAUUAAAUAAAGAGAUUUCAUGUUUAGAAAAUGAGCUGAAAAAGAGAAAUAACUUGUGCAAAAGACUAGAAGCUACUCACCAUGACCUACAGAUCCAUCUAAAAGGGAUGACUAGCAAGGACGUUCCAGAUGACAGAAAGCACGGGGAAAAACGACUCAGAAAUGAUCGGGAGGCCACAGGAGCUUCCCAAAUGCGGGUCGAGUGCAAAGAAAUUGUUCUAAACCUAGAUAAGGAAGUUAAGGAUUUGGCUUCACCAAUUGAUGCAACCCUAUCAGACAAGGUCAUGACAUCUAAGAGGAAUAUUAGCCAUAGAUCGUCCCUAAUCGACAAAAUUCUGGCCGAGGAUAAUGUUGAGAUGUGCAAUCUUAAUUUUUCCUCGAACAAAGAACACAUUCAAGAUGGAGACGGCCAUUCUACUGCUGGCACUGAUGUGGCAAUAGCGUCUCAGGGAAGAUUUACUAAUUCAAGUAGAAUUAAUCACGAACAGGAUAGGACUAUGGCUGUUUCCCCUUGUAAGAAAAAAGAUUGCAGAGAGCUCCAUUGCGGAUUGAGCUCAAUUCCUCCGCCACCGGCAAUGUCGGAGUCCAAAGCUUCCCCAUCCGCCUCCGGAUCCGACCCUCCGACUACUGGGCGUCAAGAAAGUCUUCUGUCAGCUCAAGAAAUACAAGCAGUUAUUGAUUCUUUUAAGAAACAGGUUGAUUUGGAUCGUUGUGUUAGCAUAAAGAAACAUAUGGAAGAAAAUACACAGAAAGUGGCUGAUGUCACAAAAAGUCUUCUUAAACUAUCGAUGGAAAGAAGCAAUCUUAAGAUUAUUGGUGCAGACAAAAGUGUUGAUUUACUGUCUAAGAGGCAGAAAGAUGCAAUUGAUAUGCAUAACGGUAUUGGUACGAGUAAUGGGGAUAACGAUAGUAGUAGCUCUCAAGAAGAUGGAUAUGGCUCAUCGGCAAUUCUUUUAGGAUCUAGUAUUGCAGUCAAGAAUGCUGUUCGUCCUAUUACACUGCCAGAAGUGAAAAAAUUACCACCAUAUACAACAUGGAUUUUUUUGGAUAGAAAUCAAAGAAUGACAGAGGACCAGUCUGUAGUUGGCAGAAGGAGAAUUUAUUAUGACCAAAAUGGUGGUGAGGCUCUAAUCUGUAGUGAUAGUGAAGAAGAAGCCAAUGACGAUGAAGAAGAGAAGAAAGAGUUUGCUGAGUUUGAAGAUUAUAUUCUGCGAAUGACUAUUAAAGAAGUGGGGUUAUCUGAUGCCGCAUUGGAUUUGUUAUCCCAGUGCCUAUGUAGAAAAUCUUCUGAAAUCAAGGCAAGAUAUGAAGAUCUUGUUAAGAGCGGGAAUGCCACAUGCGAUGUGAACACUGGAAAUAUUGAUGGCUUUGUGAAUCCUUAUAUUGAUAAAGAUCUAGAUGCAGCUCUGGAUUCAUUUGACAAUCUGUUUUGUCGUCGCUGUCUUGUUUUUGAUUGCAGACUACAUGGUUGUUCCCAGGAUCUUAUAUUUCCUGCUGAGAAACAACUACCGUGGCCCUGUCCGGAUGUGGAAAAAAAACCAUGUGGCCCAAAUUGCUACCGACAGGCUAUUCAUGAAGAAAAAGCUUUCACUGCAUCUGAUAAUGCUGCUGCCGUGCAUAUACAGAAGAGGAAGCAGGGAGGUCCAUCCGUACGCAAGACGUCAAAAUCUUGCCCGAGUGAAAGUGCUUCUUCAAAUGCAAAAGACAUAUCUGAAAGCAGUGACUCAGAAAUCAAACUCAUGAACGAUGUUGCUUCUUCGCCUAAGAGUAAAUCUACAGGAAAAUGUGGGGGAAACAAAAGGAAUAGCAAGAGAAUAGCUGAGCAUGUUUUAGUUGCCAUAAGGAAAAAACAGAAGAAAAUUGCUGCUUCCGACUCUGAAUCUGUUGCAAGCGGGAGUCUCGGUUCUAAAGAUAUGAAUCUUCAAGCUCCUCGACGAGAAAAUAAUGGCAUUAGUUCUUCACAGAAAUUAAAAUCUUCUAGUUCCAGAAAGUCUAGUAGGAAAGAGCCUUUAGCUCCUGACAGUAACAAAUCUUUGCAGGGGGACGCUCCUAGCGGUGCAUCAAAUGAGAUUGAGAGUAAACGACCUGUGAGUAGUAGUGACGAUACCUUAAAGAAAGAAGAAUUUAUUGGCGAGAGUACGUAUAAACAAGAAGUAACUGAUGAUAAAUGUUGGAAAGCAUUUGAAAAGGCCCUCUAUGAAAAGGGGCUUCUGAUUUUUGGCCGGAACAGCUGUAUGAUUGCUAGAAAUCUGAUGAAUGGUCUGAAGACAUGUUCAGAGGUUUUUAAGUACAUGCAUCACUCUGAGAAUAAGCAAUUCUUUCGAGCUUGUGAUGGGGCGGCCUUUACUGAUGGCUAUUUGAAAGCUGAUGGUAGCGAAAUCUUGGGCAAUGCUGCACGGAGAAGAUCAAGAUUUUUACGUAGGAAAGGUAGGGUUCGCCGCUUGAAGUAUACAUGGAAAUCUGCAGGAUACCAUUCCAUCAGGAAGCGCAUUUCUGAGAGGAAAGACCAGCCUUGUCGGCAGUUCAACCCUUGUGGAUGUCAAUCUGCCUGUGGAAAGGAGUGUCCAUGUCUUGUCAAUGGUACCUGCUGUGAAAAAUACUGUGGGUGUCCAAAGAGUUGCAAGAAUAGAUUUAGAGGCUGUCACUGUGCCAAAAGUCAGUGUCGAAGUCGUCAGUGCCCCUGUUUUGCUGCUGAUAGAGAGUGUGAUCCAGAUGUUUGUCGAAAUUGCUGGAUCAGUUGCGGUGAUGGCACCCUUGGGGUUCCUUCUCAAAGAGGUGAUAAUUAUGAAUGCAGGAACAUGAAGCUUCUUCUAAAACAACAGCAGAGGGUAUUGCUGGGAAGAUCAGAUGUUUCUGGUUGGGGAGCAUUCUUGAAGAAUAAUGUGGGCAAACAUGAAUACCUUGGAGAGUACACUGGCGAACUAAUAUCACACCGUGAAGCUGAUAAGCGUGGCAAGAUCUAUGACCGGGAGAAUUCUUCAUUUCUCUUUAACUUAAAUGAUCAGUUUGUUCUAGAUGCUUAUCGGAAGGGUGAUAAAUUGAAGUUUGCCAACCAUUCUCCCGAUCCUAACUGUUAUGCUAAGGUCAUUAUGGUGGCGGGAGAUCACAGGGUGGGUAUAUUUGCAAAAGAACGAAUUUGUGCAGGCGAAGAACUCUUUUACGACUAUCGUUACGAGCCGGAUAGAGCUCCUGCUUGGGCGAAAAAACCCGAGACAUCUGGUGCUAAAAGAGAAGAUUGCGCUCCUUCUAAUGGUCGUGCGAAGAAGCACACCUAA